AGAGAUGCUGCGCGGUCGAGUAUGGAAGUAGUAGUGCAAGUUUAAAAGUCUUCGUAUUUCUGCUCUAACCAAUGUGCAUGGCAUAGAUUCACGGUUGCAUUGACAGCUUAGUGUCAGCAUUUACGGAACUCAAAUAGUUCUAUUACAAAAUUAUUUUUUAAAAAGUGUACAGCUGUGAAGUUCUCGUCGCAGUGAGAAACUAAGUUCUGUUUACGUGGACGUUUAUUGGCCACGCGUUAAAAAUGCGCGGUUGCCUUUGGAAACGUCUUUCACACUGGUUAAUGGCUUUUACUGGAAUCACUCUACUUCUCCUCGUCAUUGUUGCACCCGUUUUGUUACUGCUGUCUAGGAAGUAUUUCAGAAAACGACGAGAAGCCACAUCAAGCCAGCAUGUUACUGUGGCAUUUUUCCAUCCUUAUUGCAAUACUGGAGGCGGUGGGGAAAGAGUUUUGUGGUGCGCUGUGAAAGCAUUGAAUACAAGGUUUCCAAGUGUGAGGAUGGUAAUCUAUACAGGUGAUCUGGAUGUCUCCCCAGAGGAUAUCCUGAAACGUGUCCAUCAAAGAUUCAAUGUUGAGUUGCACACAGACCAAGUGGAUUUUGUGUAUUUGAGAUGGCGGAGGCUGCUCGAGGCUGACAGAUAUCCAUUGUUCACAAUACUGGGACAGAGUAUUGGAUCAUUCCUUCUGGGACUGGAGGCAAUACUUACUUAUGUUCCAGACAUUUACAUUGACACAACUGGCCACGCAUUCACAUAUCCCCUUUUUCGUUAUGUUGGGGGCUGCCGUGUUGGGUGCUACACGCACUACCCCGUCAUUACGUCCGACAUGCUGCGACGCGUCAGCGCCCGGACAGUCGCGUACAACAAUCGGCGCAUCGUUGCCCGGAGCCCUUUCCUCACAGCCGGCAAGCUUCUCUACUACAAGCUGUUUGCAUGGGUGUACGGUGCAGCUGGACGCUCAUCAGAAAUAGUGAUGGUAAAUUCAAGUUGGACAGAAGAACACAUCAACGAACUCUGGCAAUGUCCCUUGCGAACACACAGAGUUUACCCACCGUGUGAUGUGGAGGAUCUAAAGAAUAUUCCAAUUGACAAUGACAGAGAUGCAGGAAUUCCUAGUUCAUUAGAUGGAAGUGGUGAUACAGUCUCAAUUAGUGGUGCAGACAAGAAGGUUGUGAAGAUUGUUUCUGUCGCGCAGUACCGCCCUGAGAAAGAUCACCCAUUGCAGCUACGGUCUAUGUAUCAGCUUAGGCAAUAUGUGCCAGAAGAUGUGUGGGACUCGUUGCGUCUCAUCUUUGUUGGCUCAUGUCGGAAUGCUGAAGACGAUGUGCGUGUUCAGGACAUGAAGGAUCUGUGCAAACACUUAUCUCUAGAAAACAAUGUUGAAUUCAAAGUGAAUGUUCCUUAUGAAGAAAUGAGACGGGAACUGGAGGAAGGCUCUAUUGGCUUACAUGCGAUGUGGAAUGAGCACUUUGGAAUAGGUGUUGUAGAAUGCAUGGCAGCCGGUCUGAUAAUGGUUGCACAUCGGUCGGGUGGCCCACAGAUGGAUAUUGUAGAGGAAGCAGAAGGCAGCCGCAAUGGAUUCUUAGCUGCAGAUGAACAAGAAUAUGCUAGCGCCAUUGCACAUAUUCUCCGGAUGUCACCAGAAGCUAGGAAAUCUAUUAGAGAAGCUGCAAGGUCAUCUGUUGAACGCUUUUCUGUUCAAGAGUUUAACAAAGGAUUUUUAAGAGCUGUUGAACCACUGUUCAGUCAGCGGUGAUUGUUCAUUAAUGUGGUCAUUUGAGAAUUUUACUGUGAUUCUGGACAGUUCCGGUGCAUUUUUCGAAGCUUCUGCGUGUGCCAUGAGUGGUGCUUUCUUUGCGUGUACUAAACAAAUGAAAACUAUGGUAUAUUGAUUGCUUUUUAAGCGCAUCAACAUUUUUGUGUUAGAAAAACACAGAAUAUUAAUUUGAUAAAAGCUAGUGUUUAUCAUUUAGAAAAAUUUCAUGUAUACAGUAACAUCAGGAAUGUGUAAUGUUAGAAUUCAGAGCAAGGAUUAUAAAUAUUCAAGAGAGAAACAUGGCAUUUAUUGCUCAUCAAUCAUCCCUUUUUAAAAUGUUGUCAUAUAUUCACUUAAGUCAAGGUCAUUCAGCUGCAUUGUGUGAAAUAAGAUCUGAGAAAGAAGAUAGUUAUAAUCUGGUAAUUAUCUUUACUGACUUAUGUUUCCAAUGAAACGAAACCACUAUGCCUAGAUAAAGGUUCUGAUUAAAAAUUCUUAUCUUCUGCAUUCCGUAACUGUAUUCAAUUGACGUAGGCUCAGCCUUCUCAGACUGCUUUCAGUGGGCAGUAUGCCUGCCCACUCUGGUCCUAUUGACAUAUUAUGCUCCGCAUUUAUCCUGUCUCCCUCUCGUCCAUAAAUUAUGUGGUGUGCGCAAAGUGGGAGAGCUGCAGUGUCGGCAAAGGAGACCUUUCUCCUGAACAGUCUGCAUAAUGACUCAGCCUAAAUAAUUACUUGUGAAAGAAUAGCAUGUGAAACACUAAGUCACAGUGCAAUGACAAGUUUACUGAUCCCAACGUAAGUAGAUUUACCGUAGUGUUGGUAAGCAGAACACGCAGCCAAGGCCAUCUGUCAUACGUGUUAUAUCCUAAUUAAAAUAACUUCAUGAUUGUCAUAUUGCAGUGGUGGGGUGCCAGUGUUGCUGGCGUGCAGCCAGCCACUCUACCUAUAUCAAAAUAAUAGGCACCACAGCAAGCAUAUGGCACUUCAGAAAGAACUACAGUUGGUGGGUGGCUGGCCUAUACCACUCAACUCCCUGAAACAUCAGUUGUGAAGUUAUUUUAAUGGGAGUAUAUACCUUACUCAUAAAGGAGACAACAAAUAGCGGAUGCAUUGAGUUGUUGAUAGGAACACAAAACAGAAAGAAAACUUUGCAGCUACCUGGAAAGGAAGGUUCAGUCUCACUUCCCAAGAGGCCAGCCAGCAAGUCUCAAAAUGAAUUAGCAGUCAUUUGACAAGUUAGUGGAUGGGCAUUGACACUGUGUGUUCUAAUAUACUUCGUUUCAAAAAGAGAAGCAGUUACAUUGAAUUUCACAUAGAUUUGCAGCUUCAGCUAGCAAAAGUGCUUCAAAUAAGAACGUCAUUCUAUUUGUAAAAAUAAAUAUUUAAACGAUGGAAUAACAAUAUGAAAAGGAUAGAUUGUUGCUUUCCCCACAGUGGUGAUGGUGAGUGGCAAUAGGCCUAUUGAAAAAAGACUGCUGGAUUAUAUUUAGCUACUGGACCAAGUCUUCCAUGAAAAAUAGACAAAACAUUCACACAUGCAUAAGAUACAGACAGGACCAAUGUCAUAUCUGGACAAUUCCCUCCUCUAUAAAAGACAUUAACCAUUUCACCUACCAGCACUCCACAAGUCCUCUUCUUUUAUCACCCAGCACCUCCUAUUUGAAGGCAUCACAGACAAACAAAUCUAUGGUACAAGAAUGUGCACCCGCAUGACAUCAUCCUACGCCAACCUGUUGGUGAGCCAUCUAGAAGAAUCCUUCCUAACUGCCCAGACUCCAAAACCCUCAGUUGGUUUACAAUCACUGAUGAUGCCUUCAAGGUCUGAAACCAAGAUGAGGGCACCUAUUCCACAGUCCCUCGAGACCUUCUCUCUUAUUCAUUUCACCUGGUCCUCCGCUGACCAUCGAGCCACCUUCCUCGAUGUUUCUCACCUCAGGAGUGGCUAUAUCAGUCCUUCGUCCACACUGAACACCAGCAAUACCUAUACUUCGACAGCAGCCACCCAUUCCAUAACCAGAAGUCCCCACUGUACAGGCUAGCCAGCUGCAUCUGUAGUGACGAGUGAUCUGCCUCCACAUAUAUGCCAAAAGCCUCACUGAAGCCUUUACAGGUUGAAAUUACCCUUCCACCUUGUGAAGAAGCGGAUCUUUCAAACCUUUUCUCUCCUGUCAUCUACCACUUCCCACAUAACAAAUGUCAAGCUGCAAAGGAGCAACUGCCUCACAACUCAGUACCACCCAGCACUGGAGGAACUGAAUCACACUCUCCACCAGAUUUUUGACUAUCUCUGAUCGUGCCCUGAAAUAGUGCCCCCCACUAUCCUUGCCAUUCCUCCCACAGUGUUAUUCUCUCGACAAAUCACCCUAUGCAAUAUCCUUGACCAGCACUUCUCCACCCCUUCUCCCAGCCCUUUGCCUCAUGGUUCAUAUCCUGGUCUACAUGCAAGACCUCCCACUAACACCUAGUCCAGUCCUGUGACAGGUAUCUCCUAUUCCAUCAAAGGCAGCGCUACCUGCGAAAUCAGUCGUGAUUUACCAACGUAGCUGCAACCACCUUGAGGCAUUCUACGAGGGCAUGAGCACUAAUGGGCUAUCUGUCAUGUGAAUGGUCGGUCACUGCUAAACUGUGACCAAGAAACAGGUGGAUGACCUGGUUGCUGAGCAUGCUGCCCGACACGAUGUGCUUCACAGUCUGUACCAUCUAGAUUCUUCCCACAAACAUCAGCAGCUUUUCUGUAUUGCAUAGGUGGGAACAUUUCCUACAGCAUAUCCUUUGUUCUUGUAGUCCUCUUGGCCUGAACAUUCACUAGAACCUGUCACCAUCUGCCUAUCCACAAAAAUUUUCGUAAUGAGGGAGAGUGGGGGAGGUGGGGACAAAAAAAUAAAGUAUCAUUUUAACUGAUUAUGAUGAUUUGAAAUAUGUAGAUAAUAUUUAUUUUCAGUUUGAAAUGGAGAUUACUAUUACUCACUACAUAGGAGAUACCUUCAGAAAAACGGCGGUAUGACGAGAACUAUUGAAUCCAGAAAACAUAAAAUUGGAAAGUAUGUCACUGAAGUUCCAUAGUACAAAAUAUGUAAUAAAAAACAUCUCUUAAAAAUGUGUCAAAAAUUAUGCUUGUUUUAAUUUUUUAAAUUUUUGAUUGUAGCAAAAGAGCAUUUCUGUUGCAACCGUGUGAACACAUUUUUUCAGGCUGUUUCUCACUGCGAUAGGUAUGGUUUUAUCACUAACUUUUACCCAGUGAUAACUUCUGUUUAUCAGAAAGAACUGCACAGAACAUAAUAAAAAUCUUAAUUUGUAACUUUCACACCCACAUGAUACUUGUUUCUUUCCUUGUACCUUGCUAAAGUGAUGCUUGUUAGUUAUUAUUGUAUAAUGUAUUUGGCAGCCAGCUCUUCUUGAAUUGUGAAACUGAUAUAUCAGUUGUAUGGGUAGCAUUACAAAGAGAUAUAAUUUUAUGUACAACACCAAAGAUUAUACAGAUUUUAAAUUGUAAAUUCCACAGAACAUAGUGUUAAGUUUGUGACUGAUUAUUACAUGAUGUUUGUAUUAUUCUGUAAAAUAAAGUCUUUGCAAAAAGUAA